CCCCAUGAGCCUUAAAGUUUUGCCCCCCACAGGAUGGCAGAAGGUCCACAUCCCAACUCCACCUUCCCACGCCCAACCUUCUUCAUACUGACUGGCAUUCCAGGGCCAGGGGGUGCCCAGGCCUGGCUGACACUUGUCUUUGGGCCCAUGUAUCUGCUGGCCCUGCUGGGCAAUGGAACACUACUGGCAUUGGUGCAGAUAGAUUCCACACUGCAGCAGCCCAUGUUUCUACUCCUGGCCACACUGGCAGCCACAGACUUGGGCUUAGCUACAUCUAUAGCCCCGGGGUUGCUUGCUGUGCUAUGGCUCGGGCCCCGGCCUGUGCCAUAUGCUGCCUGCCUGGCCCAGAUGUUUUUUGUGCAUGCACUGACUGCUGUGGAAUCUGGUGCGUUGUUGGCCAUGGCCUGUGAUCGUGCUGUGGCGGUAGGGCGUCCACUGCAUUACCCUCUCCUGGUCACCAAAGCCCGUGUAGGCUAUGCAGCACUGGCACUGGCACUGAAAGCCAUGGCUAUUGUCGUGCCUUUCCCUCUGCUGGUGGCACGAUUUGAGCACUUCCAAGCCAAAACCAUAGAUCAUGCCUACUGUGCACACAUGGCAGUGGUAGAGCUUGUGGUGGGCACCAUGUGGGCCAACAAUUUGUAUGGGCUGGCGCUUUCACUGGCCGUGUCAGGUAUAGAUCUCCUGGGCAUCACUGCCUCUUAUGGGCUCAUUGCCCACGCUGUACUGCGGCUGCCUACCCGGGAGGCCCGGGCCAAGGCCUUUGGCACAUGUAGUUCUCACAUCUGUGUCAUCUUGGCCUUCUAUGUACCUGGUCUCUUCUCCUACCUCACACACCACUUUGGUCGUCACACCGUCCCAAAGCCUGUGCACAUUCUUCUCUCUAACAUCUAUUUGCUGCUGCCACCUGCCCUCAACCCACUCAUCUAUGGGGUCCGCACCAAGCAAAUCAGGGACCGGCUCCUGGAAACCUUCACAGUCAGAAAAAGCCAGUUCUAAUGGGCAGAAAACAAUUGAGCCUGCUGGUGGAGGUGAGGGGACAUACAGAAGAGUCUAGGGCCUAGAGAUGUGGAUUAUAUCAUCUUUACCUACUACAUACAUAUGACUAUGAUAACCACUCAGCAAAUAUUUGCUGUGAAGUCUCUACAUUAUCACUAGCAUCUGCAGGCUUUGGCCUAUCCACGUAUUUUGCUCGGGAGGCAGGAGGCAGGGGGCUACACGUUACCAUGCAGGAAAAUAAGAUCAGGAAUUACCAUGGUUCAUAGUACACAAGAUUUAACUUAAAGAAAACUCUCCCCCCCCACCUCCAUCAUUUUAACCUAAGUCUCCCCAUGGUUCCACACAAAAGCUCCUCUACAGAUGCUAGACCUGGGGG